CGGGGGCUGGCAGGGACCCAGCCACGCAGAGGGAGCAGGUGGACGGCCAGGCAGCCCCUUCCCACAGCCCUGCUCCAGCCCCAUAAGCACAUGGCUUGGAUACACUGACUGCUGUCUUCUGAGGAGCUGAUGUCUUUGUCCGGACACCCCCCUGAUGGCUCUGAUCUCCUCUCCUGACCCUUCCACAUCCAUUCCAGGACUCUCAUCUUCACGACCAGGAGCAAGAAUGCUUGCUGUCCCUUUGACAGCCUGUGCCAGCCACCCACCAGUCAGUUUGGAGUAUUUUCCCAUCACAUGUCCGCAUCUUGCUUGAUGAUCGGCGCCCUGGUCUAUGGAAAUUCCCCUUAUUUCAUCUGUUGCUUUAUCUUGCUGGUCUUCAUCUUGGAUAAAGUCCUUGGCCACAUCCUACUCAUACCUUACUCUCAGUUCAUCUCACCCUUCUAAAGGUUUAAAGAAGAGCAGAGAGAUUCACAUGGAGGUACAGGCUGGCUGAAGCUGUCCUUGCUUGAGCUAUCCAGAAGCCAUGGGCCGUCGGCUCAUACGGGGUCUCUCCGGAGCUGCAGUCUUUCUGGUCAGUGUGGCUCUCCUUUCUGUACGGCACCGUGGAGCUCAGGAAACCUUGGGAUACCCAGGGCUCAGGGAGCAGAUACUGGAGAAUCCAGAGCAACGAACACAUGAGAGCCCAGAGGAUGCCAAGGGAGGUAGAAGAACUGGGCAGAAGAACCUGCAGGUCAGUUCUCUGGACAAAUAUAAGACUGAAGGGAACCUGACCCUUGGGGAUGUUUUCAUAGCUGUGAAGACCACCAGGAGAUUUCACCAGAGCAGGAUGGAGCUGCUUCUGGACACGUGGAUAUCCCGGGCAAGAGAGCAGACGUAUGUCUUCACAGAUGAAGAAGAUGAUGCCUUGAAGAGAAGAAUGGGUGACCGUGUGGUGUUCACCAGCUGCUCUACUGAGCACAGUCACUCAGCCCUCUCCUGCAAGAUGGCUGCAGAGUUUGACGCAUUCCUGUCUAGUGACAAGAGCUGGUUCUGCCAUUUGGAUGAUGACAACUAUCUGAACCCUGAGGCCCUCCUGAAGCUCCUGUCCUCAUACUCUCCAAUGAAGGAUGUCUACCUAGGGAAACCCAGCUUGAACCGACCCAUUCGAGCCUCUGAAACACUGUCUAACAACCAGACGAAAUCUGUGCGCUUCUGGUUUGCCACAGGAGGAGCUGGAUUUUGCAUCAGUCGCAGGCUGGCAAGGAAGAUGAUGCCUUGGGCCAGUGGCAAGAACUUCCUGAGCACCUCAGAGCUCAUCCGUCUGCCAGACGACUGCACCAUAGGUUACAUCAUUGAGUGCAAAGUUGGUGGGCAGCUGCUGCCCAGCAUGCUCUUCCACUCCCACCUGGAGAAUCUGCAGCUCAUCCCCAGCUCUCAUCUCAUGCAGCAGGUCACACUCAGCUAUGGUGUCUUUGAGAACAAGCUCAACGUUAUCAAACUCAGCGGUCCCUUCUCACCCCAGCAAGAUCCCUCAAGGUUUCGAUCUCUCCACUGCCAUCUCUAUCCUGAUACCCCCUGGUGCCUUCAGGCUGUUGGUUGGUGAUGCCCAAGCUACAGUGAGUCCUGGUGUUAUCCCUUCAGCUUGUGCAUGUAGGGGAUGGGGCACUGAAGAAGCUUGGUGCUCCCAGCUUCCCCUUACUUAUGGUGGUUGGGGCUUUUUGGUCCUUGCUGAGUACCAGUGAUACAGGAGAAGAGAGAUCUGUACCAAAGAUGGAUAAUGUGGGCUGGACAUAUGGAUGGGCUUCCCAUCUGUGCUGGGAUGCUUACAAAAGAUGAGAGCAGCAUGCUUUCCUGAACAGAUUAAGGACUGGGUGGUGAUUGCUGGACAUGUGGGUAGAGAUGGGACCCACUGCUCCUUGUUGUGGUUUCACUGUACUGAAUCAGAAGGAUGCUGGAUCAGGGUACCCAGUGCCAGACUGAGGAUCACUGAAAGUGUGCCUUGGCUUCAGUCUCUGAGGCUUCUUUCUCUGUAUGUGCCUGGGCUUCCCCCAUUUCCCACUGUUCCCAGCUGCAGCCCUUUGGCUGAGUCUCUGCCUCGUUAAACUCUGAUUCCACUCUCCCUUCAGAAAUGGAAAAUGUGAUCAUUUCUGUGCUGAAUGAGUGCUGAAAAAGCAAAGCUCUUGGCCAUCAGAGGGGAGGUGGGCAAGAAAUGUAAGAAAUCAAGAAUCACUCCUUGGCUGGGACAGGGGAGAGAGUACGAAAUGGGGAUCAUGGAAGGAGAGAUGGAGAUGAGGAUGUUUUCUGCUCUAAAUACUGAAGGCUUGAUCUUAUAUGACCCUGCAUUAUUCCUCUCUUUUUACCUGCUUGAUAUGGGGUCAGGAUAAUCUUUUGCUCUAAUUAUCAACCUGUCGUCUGAGAUUAGACUCCAACUCCUACCUGUGAGAGAGGAGACAUAAAGGAUUAAAACUGGCUGAAAGAGAGGAGAAAGGAAGAGAUGGAGAAGGAGCACACGGGAGCGGAUUAGAGGUUACACCUUUAAAAUCUUCUCUGUGCCCUGACCAAAAAAAAUUAAGUCAUGAAGGAAUGGAAACUGCAGGGCAAAGAGCUUUUUAUCUCUGCAUUUCUUUCUUCCAGAUGCUAAGAGCAGCUUUCUGCCUUCCUGCUGUCCCUGCUAAAGACAACAGGGAGAAGGAGCCAGCCCAGAUAGGUUACAGGCUUUCUGGCAUGUUUAUGGAUAACCCCUUUCUCAGCACAGAUCCUGCCAUGAAAGCGAGACAAUUCCACUCAAUGGGGAAUGGACUUGGACACCAUUUUGUGCCUGUACACAUGAAUAAAUAGCUGGGGAAGAGCAAUGCGGGAAGGCUGGAAGGCAAAGGGGCUGUUUUACAUGGCAGGCAGCACCACAAUCAGGUAUUUCUCUUUAAAGAGUGCUUCAAAACAGACUGCUGGAAUCAGAGAGAGAUUCCUGUAAUCUCUGGUUGAAAGGACGUGUGCCCUUUCUCCAAAGAGCUGCUCAGCUUUGAUGCUGCUGAUUGGACUAAGCCUGCUACUGGUGGGCUGGCAGAGCCAAGGGGGGGACUAUCGCCAUGCCUCUACCACGCUGGAAACUGGUCACCCUAUUUUCCCAUCCCACCUCACCCCUCAGACACCAGCAUCUCCCCUACAGCUUGCAUGAGGCCUAAAGAAAAGGCAUCAGAAAGACCUUCUAUCUCAUCAAAGAGGGACCUAGAAAUGAAUGAUCACUGUAAUUACUGAUGAAGAAGAAAGAGGGGGCCUGCGGAGCUGCUUUCCAGCCUGGUCAUUCUUAUGAGCUUUAGGCAGUUUGUGAAGCAGCCAAGAACCCCUCUUUCUGAUCUUGCACAAUAUGUCUUUGAACUGGAAAUUCAUGCUGAGCAGUGGCAGGAACUACGUAAUAGCAGUGACCAUUCUGGGAGAAGUGCAAAGCGCUCCAUCUCACACAGCCAUGUGAGACAUGGAGCUCAAAAUAGAGACAACCCAGGUAGCAGACAAUCGGUGCAGCAUAAAAUAGUCCUACCCAAAGGGCAAAUGGUUUUGUUUGAACUCAACUAGAACAUGAAAAAUGCUUUCACGAGAAGAAAUAAAGGAAGCUGAUAUACAGAAGGUAGACCAAAUUUUUACAUGAUCUGAUAGUGAUAGGACAAGGGGGAAUGAUUUUAAGAUAAAAGAGGGGAGAUUUAGGUUAUAUGUUAGGUGGGAAUUCAUUACUCAGAGGGCGGUAAAGCGCUGGCACAGCUGCUCAGAGAAGCUGUGAUGCCCCAUCCCUGGAGGUGCUCAAGGCCAGGUUGGAUGGGGCCCAGGGCAGCCUGAGCUGGUGGGGGCAGCGCUGCCCACAGCAGGGCUUGGGACUGAGUGGGCUGUGAGGACCCUUCCAACCCAACCACUCUGUGAUUCUAUGAAUCUACGCUACCCAGAUAAUAUCUUUUAUCCUCAUUCAACUCACAGCUAUGCUGUUAAUUGAGUCUUGCAGUGAAAAUGCCAGUCCUAUCUGUGGAUAUCCUGGUAUCAGCCAAAGCACAAUGAGAUUCGUGUGCCUGAGAAGAAGAAGGUGGUACAGCAGACUCACUGCCCUUUGAAGAAACUGGAAGGUCUUGUUGGAUCCUGGCCUCAGCUGUUCUGAAUUGGCCCAGUGCUUUCAGUAAGGCUGUUCAAUGAUUUGGGUCCUUGAGUGGCUGCAUGGGGACCGUUUCAGAUGAGGCUUUUAUACAGGAGCAGUGCCACUUCUGUGGAAAAUAUCCUCUUGCAUAAGAAAACAGAGAAGAAAUGAGGGGAUGUCUGGGCAGGGCAUCUCUCGGGCUGUAGAGAAAUGAAUGACAGAAAGGUCCUGAUGUACCUGUGAGAGCAAUGCACUGGGAAGAAAAUUGCUUUUCAGAGUCAACAUAAGAAACCACGGCUUCUCCAAGAACAGGGAAACAGCUUAAGGGGACAUUCUCCUCUUGAAAUCUGAUCAGUGUUAAAACCUGAGUUAAAAUUAGUUUCAGGAAUGGUUCCUGCCCCUGGGGCUUGCUGUCAGAUGUUGUGGUUUUACAGUCUCAUUUUCCUAGUUUAUUAAAAUGUUUAGCUGCUUGGGAAAAUGAGUAACAAUCUCAUGUGAAACUUUCCAUGGGCUGAUCUUUUUUUUUAUUCUCCUUCAUGAUUUUCUGAUGUAACAGAUUGUAACAGUCAAGAGUUUUUUUGAAAGAGUUCCACUGGGUCUAUUAAAAUGUUGUGUUUUUCUUUCCUUUUCCCUCUUUCACAUUCCCAUUUCUCACUGCAGUUUAAAAAAAAAAAAGAAAAAAGAACUCUAUCCCAAGAACUAAAAGGGAUGGAGACAUGGUCUUUUUAUUUUACUGGGAAAAAUGGGGUCAAAGCCAAAGGUGUUGGCAUGACCCUGCUGUUGUACAACAUUAUGUGUAGCUCUGGAUUUCAAGUACAGAGGCCUCAGCUGCCCAACACCAUAGCAACGAACACUAUUAAUGAUGUUUAAGCUGUGUACUGAAGAUUCAGAGAAAAGGGAAGGAGGGGAAAAAGCCAGUUACAGUAUUUGAAAUGUAAGGUAUUAAGUGGAGCUUUCAUGUUAACAAUAACUUUUUUUAUGCUUUUCCCUGAACUGCAAAGAAUUUUUACAAGAAAAGCCCAAUUUGACAGGGCAAAAAAUGCUAAUGACUAUCCUUUCUUCAGGGGGAAAACCGAAGUUAGUUGAAAUAGGAGGGAAACUGCAAUUGUUGCUAAAGGCUUGAAGGGGAGAGAGAAGAAUAGUAAUGCUAUAUAAUGCUUUUCUGGUGCCAAUUCCUCUUAACAGCUCUGCUGUUGAAGGAAAACAGAUUUCAGUGGACCAAUGGGAUCUACUGAGCUUGUACCAAGGCUGCAGCCACAGCUCCCUCCCCAAGCCUCUUGCUAAAGAUGCAGCCUUCCAAAGACUAACAGUGUAUUAAACAGAAACCAAAGGGCAAGAAAUGGGAAGAAAGAGAUUGGAAGGAAACUAACAACCAAGCAGUAGAACUUGGAAGAGGUGAGAUUGGCUGGCCCCAACUCUCUUCAUUUUCUUCUUUUUAUUUGCUUGUUUGCUUAUUUGUUUGCUUAUGAAAAGCUGAUAUGCCAUUUGUACUAAAUUCCUCACAGAAGUUUUAUCUUAAUUUUGAGUCUUUGUCUGCCCAUGCUUACGAUGCAGGUACCUCUUUAAGUGCCUGUGUGUUCAGCAGCACUUUUCAUUUAUUUCUUUCUGUUAUCUCCAAUCCCUGAAUAACCCCACAGGACAACAGGCUUGUCCUUUUGCACUACUGGCCACCAGGGCUCUACGCACUUCUUUUUGCCUCCUAAGCUUUAUGCCCUUCUUUGGGUGAGGUAGUUGGGUCUAGGUUUUCAAAUAAAACAAACAAAAAUGCUUGAUCACCUGUUUCUGCAUCCAUAGUGACACAUUUUCAUGUCUCAUCUACCACACAUUCUUUUUCUAAUUUCACCUGUAUUUCCCCUGUAAAUAGUGGGCUCCAUAUGCAAUUAAAUCAUAGAACUCAAAGCUGAAGGACCAUGUGUCCAUCACAGCUUUGAAUUAGAGGCAACAAACCACAGAGUUUGGCCUCUGCUCUCAGUCAGUGCCAGACAUGGGAUCUCACACAAAGAAUCUCAAUCUGGGCUUAUGGCUCCACUGAAAAGGAUGUGAAUGUUGCCAUAGACAUAAGCAAAACCAAGAGCUGUGACAAAUAUAAAUGCCCAUUUCUGUUUUCACCAACUACUGCAGGAUUUUUCCUAUAGAUUUUCUACCCAAUUACCUGGGAUGUUAAAGGAGUUGAGGUCUGAGCUGUUGUCACUCAGCUGGCAUUACCUCUUUAAGGCUAUCCCUUGAAAGCAUGAGUUUUUUGGUCACUCCUGCUUUAUCCAGCUUGGACUCCAAGAAGACUGGGAAUUCAUCUGUAUCUCUGUUUGAAAUGAGUGUGCUUAAUUACAGACCUCUAGAAUGGGCUGCUUGCCUAUCAGUCAUGCUCAAAUUGCCUUCCAGGAUUUUGCAAGGCUAAGGAGCCUCUUCAGAUGUUGUGUCUGACUGCUCCUUGGUUAAACCUCCUUUGGUUUCACUGGGAGCUGCAUCUGAUUUGUAGAGAACUUUGAGAACAAAUUAAACAGAGCACUUUGUACAUGGAUUUUAUGGCCCUAACCCUCCAGCCACUGCUUGAGAAGAAUACUGUUGAUUUUGGCAGUGUAAGAAAAAGAAUUGAAACUAGACAAGGCAAUUGAAGGGGGAGAAAUGCUGCUAUGCUGAACCUCCAUUUUCCCUCUCCCAUCUCUAUAAAUGAGGCAGAGACAGAAACUGCAACUGGUGCCCUUGGCCAUAGUGCAUCAGGUGGAGAAUGUGCCUUAAAACAUCUGGUGUUGCAUCCAACAGACCCAGUCAUGAGUCCAGGCCAGCUUGUGCUUGGUGAUGGACAGAGAGAAAAAUGGUGCCUGCCCCAAAGCCUUACAAGCAGAAGCAUGGUAGAAAAGGCUUAUAAAACCAGUGGGAUAGUGCUGCCAUACCAGAGUAGGGGGAAAAAAGAUGGUGUUUGGGACGGGGAAGGACAGGAAUCACAGAAAAAUCUCACUCUCCACCCACAAAUACCAUGAAGGAGCUGAAGGAUAGGGAUGGAGAGGUGAAGGGAUAGAUAAGUAGCCUGGAUAAAGAACCAGAACAAAAUCUAUGUCCUCUUCAUGGCUGUGUUGGCAGCUGAUGAAUGCUGGCCUGAGGAUUGAUCCUUUGAGGGUUGGGUGUUCAACAAAAAGAGGGGAAAUCUGGAAAGAAAAAGGCAAGAAUGGCAUCACUGCAUCUCCCUCAGUCCACACAGUGACCUGUGGCUUUUCACACAUUACUACCCCAGUGGCAUAUCAGGAAAUGUAGGGCUUGGAAAAGAGAAUCAAUGUUUGCUCUGUGCUGCAUGGCUGCUGCCUGGGGACAUCCCGGUGCAAUUCAGCUCUCACGGGCACUCAGAGAAGCAGGAUGCACAGGGAAGACUCUGGCCCUCCUCACUGCCCCGCCAUUCCCACGUUACCAUCAGCUUUGACUGCAAUGAGGCUGACUGCAGAGACUGGACAAGCUCCCUCCACUUGUGAUAUUUCUUCAAAUGUGGGGCAGAGAUCUCCACUUUGAGCUCUUGAAGAGGCCAGUUUCUGAAGUCCUGGUAUGAUCCUUGCAGAUGGUCAGGGAAACAGGACCUCUCCAUAACCCCCUCUUUUCUCACAGCAUUGAGCUAGAGUUGGACAAUGUCUGUUUUUAGAAAAAGUGGCAGAUUCAACAGCUGAGCUGGUUUUCCAAAGGGAUGUAUAAAAUCAACAGCCUGCCAUCUGCUCUAUUGUCCUGGAAUAGCAGCUUGAAGGGUGAAGGAAGAAGGAAGGAGGGGGAGUGAAAGGAAUGAGAAAUAGGGGUGGGGGGAGAGAGUGGGAAGGAGGGGAGGAAAAGGCAGCAGAGAGGUGAGGAAGACCUUAUGGGAGGGGAGAGUGAAGGUGGAGGCUAGAGAAAGGUAGAGAAGAAGGAGAAGCAAAAAGAAAGCAGUUUGACAGUGGAAGUGGUGAGGGGAGAGGACAAGCAUGGGGACAAAGAGAGCUUGUUUCUCGUCACCCUGCAUAGAUCCCUGAUGACUUCGUGAGCCAGCAAGGUAGGCACCUGCAGCGCCCUUGGCCCUGGCUCGUGCUGAGCCAAAGCCUGACAGCAAAAUAAACAAACUGAACUUACUGACCUGGAUAAUCACUCCCCUUUCACCCACACAGCCCCUUCUGCUUGCCUGCUGUACCCCCUCACCUCCCGGGUUGGCUUUUAUUGAGUGCUGCAGGGAAGGCAUUGAACUCCAGGUUUGGCAGCAGAGUAAAUAACAGCAAUAUUGGCCUCUCCAGCUCAAGUGGGAGGAGGGGUGGUUUCAAUCAAAGGUAAAUAACAGUUGGUAUUCUCUGACCUUUAAUCCAAUUUCCUAGAAAUGGAAAAUAAUAUUCCAGCAUAGAUAUGUGGUGCUGGUCUACAAAAGAAGGAUAACUACUCAGCCAGCUGUUGGGCAAAGCACAGCCAAUGAGGCCUGAACUGGGGGAGAUGCCACAAGACAAGUAGUUCAUCCUUGCUGGCCUGAGACUGUAUUACUCUCAUCUGACUCUUCCUGGUGUAUUUUCCUUGUUUUAAUCAUCUCCCUAAGUGGAGCUGGGUUGCUGGUGGGUAGCACAUUCUCAUGAGAUAUGGACCCAGAUUGAUGGAGGCUCCCUGAUCUGCUCUGAGGAUAGGAGAAAAUGGCCCCAGCUGAUGCCUUGAAUCUGCAUCCCCAAAGGACAUUUUGCUAGAAAUUUAAAGUUGGAAAGAAAUAUUUAUGUAGCUAUUAGUCUGGUAACACAAUGGUCUCUGUGGCUGGAGAGCUUGCUCUCUGAUUUGGUCACAUUUUAGGAUCUCAGAGGUUUAAGGAGGUGGUGUUAUCAAUCUCUCAGGGGGUUAUCUGGUCCUGCAGAAGGAGCAGCUACCUCACAACCCUUCCAACCCUUCUGGCAGAAGUUUUUCCAACCAAGUACUAAAUCCUGCUCUUCUGGUACAGACUAUUAGUGUCUGAUUGGAAAACUGCUGAUAACUAAACAGUGGUAACAGGCUGAUCUUGUAAAAACAGGUUUCUUCUGUGCCAGUAUUGAUUUCCAGAUGAAGCAACUCUGUCAGGCUCUAGGGCACUGCUUUCUCCUCUGUGGGGCAGCUGAUUUGCAGUUCUCUGACAAAAAAAAGCCUGAUGAGGCCAGGCUGUGUUUGGAAGGAGGCAGAGAUACGUACAGGACCUGAGGGCAGAGAAGGUCAGAUCCUUUCUAGGCCUUCCAUCUUGCAGAAUGUGAUGGUUCAUAGGAGGGGUUUCAUCCACUGUGGACACAGAGCAUCAGUCCAUCCUGUGGGUGAACUGUGGUUUCAAAACCACGUUUCAGAUGAAAAAAUUUGUAACCCAUAUGGACUCUGAAAAAAAACUCUUCACCAAAAGCUCCCUGGUGACAAAUGUAGCUCAGAGCACGGCAGUUGUGUGACAAUCAAUUCCUGAUCAUACAUUAUAGACAGAUCACGUGCAGGAGGAACGGCCAAGUCCAUCAUCCCAUUUAAUUCUCUACUCUUCCAGUGUGGAUGCUGAGAGCCUGGGAGACAGCAACAGCAGUUUCAAAGUGCACUCAGACAUCCAGGGCAACACAGGAUAGAAGUACUGAGAGCUUAACCUCUAGACUGAGGAAUAGUGAAGUCCACCCUGCACAGAGAGACUCAGAUGAUGACUGAUCUUUGCAUUUCACUACCUGUCAUCUAGUCUUGCCUUAAGACAGUUAAGGAGAGGAAAAAAUGUUGGUUUUUUUUGCAUCCCUUUGAUGAUGUGUCAUUUUCCCUUUGCUCGACUCGCUCUCGGAGCACAGUGCUUUGGUAACUGCUUGAAAUCUCUGGAAUGGCCCUUGCCCUCUUGUCAGGGAGAGAGCAGGAAGAGGAGAGGGUUUGGGAGGCGGAAGCUCUGGUCAGCACCCUGGAGAGGGACGGGUCCGACAUGCCCCUGCUUUCACCUACUUGUCUUGCCUUCCACUGCCUUUUCCUGCAUUUUCUUGCCUUCCCCUACCUUACCUUGUCUCUACCCUCAUUUAUCCUGCCUUCCCUCUUUGUUUGCCUUUCCUUCAUUUUGGUGCAGGCUGAUGGACAGCAUCCUGGCCUGGCACAAUCCUACCUUGCCUUGCAACUAACACUAACCCUUUUUUUGCUCUUGUUUAGGAACAAAUACACGGUGCUACAGCUCUGUACACAGCUGCUCUGAUACUGUGGCUUAGAUCUGGGUUAUUUUUUGCAGACAAAUCCUCUUUUCUAUCAGAUUUGACAUCAGGCAAUCCCUUCAUAUCCCUCCCCUUCUCUCUAUCAGACUUCCCCCUUCUCUUCCUGCCCUGUGUUCUCUUUCCUGGCAUCUGUGCCCUUCCAUUCCCUCUGUAUCCCUCCAUCCCCUUUUCUUUUGUAUAGCCAGCUUUCAGUUCUCAUAUAUCAGAAGAAUUUCUGGUUUUGUUUCCAUCACAGUCUGUUCCCACCAGCAUGGAAACAGGGCAGAAGUCCACUGAGACCUGGAGGGAAAGAGGAAGCUUACAGAGAGCUGUAGUCAAAGCUUGUUUCAGUAAUCCAGUGCAGAUUUUCAUCUCUCUGCUCUUACCCUUAAAGUCCUAAGAGGCUUCUACCUGGGAGCUUUGCAAACUGUUAUUUCUCUGAGAUCUCCUUGAUGCAGGUUCUCAGUGCUCUGCUGAAGGGUGCCAGUAGCAUACAUUGGCUUAUUUGGUAGGAUCUGGUACCUAAUGAGUAAUAAGCCUUCUGAAGUCUACUGUGCUACUUGGAAGUGAUCCAGUUUGGGAAGGUGGGAUAUCAGUUUCAGCUGCAGAAAACCAUUUUAAUUUACAGGAGUUCAGGGAACUCCCAGCCUGACACCACUUUGGAUGGGAUUUAGGCAGGGUAGCAUGGAGGAUGGGAUUCAUGCCAGCACCACAGGCAUCUGGAUUUGGGUAGUGAAAAAAAAAAAAAAAAAAAAAAAAAAGGAGUU